ACCAGGGACUGCGGACACAGUGCAGGGGAUGACCAGAGACUGCGGACACAGUGCAGGGGAUGACCACAGACUGCGGACCACAGUGCAGGAGAUGACCAGAGACUGCGGACACAGUGCAGGGGAUGACCAGAGACUGCGGACACAGUGCAGGGGAUGACCAGAGACUGCGGGCACAGUGCAGGGGAUGACCAGAGACUGCGGACACAGUGCAGGGGAUGACCAGAGACUGCGGACACAGUGCAGGGGAUGACCAGAGACUGCGGACACAGUGCAGGGGAUGACCAGAGACUGCACACAUGCGCAGUGGGCACCCGGCUGGCUCACAGAAGCCAGCGCGGGAAGACUGUACAGCGCUGGAGCGAGGAACAGGUAAGGCCCUGCAGGAGAGAACAGCUGAGCGGCCGGCCCGGUAUUCUGACAUGGUGGCGGCAGAAAUACCAG